UAUCGUUAUUCCUUCCCGUCUUCUCAUUUUACCGCCUUCAUCUCCAGUUUGAAACCGUAACAUAACCGAAGCCCAUUUGGAAACUUCCCUCUUUCUCGCUCUCCUCCUCUGCUCCUUCGCAAACGAAGUCGUCUCCUGGAUGAAACCCUAGCCCUGCUUCGCUUGUUGGAGUUCUUGGCGGACGAGGCUUUGUUCAUCUCCCUUAGGGUGACUGAUUCCGUUCGGUGGUUCUUCGCAAUUUCGUUUUGUUGUUUUCUUUAAUUGCGAUCCUCUCUGAUGUUUGAUUCGAUCGGGCGGUGUGUUCUUGAACCCCUUUGCUUCAGUUCUCGAAGCAGCUUUCGCCCGAGGAAGCGAAUUCUCGUGGAAGAGAUCGCCUCUUGGGGUCCUUUAUGAAAAGCCUUCUUUUGCUUCCGUUCUGUGGGUAUUGAUGCAUCUUUAUCUGUUGUUCUCCUUGAUUUCGACCCAGUCGGAAGAUUCACUUUCGUUGCUCCGUGUGUUCUUGAAUCGUUUUGCUUCAUUUCUUGAAGGACCAUCGGGGUUGAGUUCGGGUUCUUUAGUGAUCGAUCGACCAACGCUUUGAUCCGUGUAGCAAAAUUAAAAUUUGUUCUCUUCCUUCCAAUUUUUUUCUUGAAUUUUUAUUGUUUUAUCUUCGGUUUCGAUGGUUUACGAUGGGUUUCUUGCAGGUCGGCGACGAGGAGCUGCUCCGAAGAUGAACGACCUUAUGACCAAGUCUUUCAUGAGUUACGUGGAACUCAAGAAGCAGGCGCUGAAGGAUCUCGAGGCCGGGGCGGAUGACCCACCGAAAGUCGAGGCGGCGGCCGGCGGUCUCACCCGCAUGGAAGAAGAGAACCUUGCUCGCUUCUUCAGCGAGAUCGGCGGGAUCCAGUCCGAGAUGGACGACGUCUCCAGCCUCCUCGUCGAUCUCCGCUUCCUGAACGAGGAGUCCAAGUCCGCCCACAGCGCCAAACUCCUCCGCGGCCUGCGGGAUCGCAUGGACGCGGACGUGGUGGCCGUCCUCCGCAAGGCCAAGGCCAUCAAGGUCCGGCUGGAGUCCCUCGACCGCUCCAACGCCGCCAACCGUGGUGUGGCGGCGUGCUUCACCGAGGGCAGUCCCGUGGACCGGACCCGGGUGUCGGUGACCAAUGGCUUGCGGACCAAGCUUAGGGAGACGAUGAAUGGGUUUCAGCUGUUGCGGGAGCGCAUAGUUUCCGAUCACAGAGAGGGCCUGAAGCGGAGGUACCUCAACGCCACGGGCGAGGCCGCGACCGAGGAGACGAUCGACAAGAUGCUCUCAGGGGCUAGCCAAGUCGGGCUCCUGGACAACAGGGGCGAAGUGGACUUGGAGGUAUUGGAGAGGCAGAAGGCGGUGAGCGACAUACAGAGGAGCUUGAUGCAGCUGCAUCAGGUCUUCCUCGACAUGGCGGUCAUGAUGGAAGGGCAGGAGGAUCAACUGAACGACAUCGAGGAGAAUGUGGCCCGGGCGAAGGACUACAUCAGUGGGGGAACCGACCGCCUCGUCUCUGCCAAUGCAAUGAGGAAGAGGAACAAGAAGUGCGCUUGCUUGGUUUGUGCUCUGCUGCUGGUUGUCAUCUCGGUUUGCUUGGUUCUUAUACUCACGGAUCCUUAAACACACGCCCAUGAACUCGAGGAUGCUGAUAGUAUAGAUUGAGGAACUGUAAUAACCUGAGUCACGUGAAUGCGAUGGCUGAUGCUUAUGGCUGAGGAACAUGAUGAACUUUCACGGAUGUAAGAUAAGUAGUUGUUGUUAUUUUGUUAGGUGUUCAAGUUCUUUAUGGAUUUGGUGACAUAAUCUUGUUUGAAACACAAUCUAGAAUCUAUGAGUGAGAAAUCUCUUAAGGCAAAGAGAGCUUUGAAGAAUUAGGGACAAAGAUAUGGUAAUAGAAGACAUCGCAAAGCAGACAUUAGCCACAGAUAAAAGAGUACGAGGUAUGCUUUAUUCGGAAGUAUCGAUAUGGGAAAGACUCAGGACUUGUGGAUACAAUUAUAUUUAAUUUAUUAUGGAAGGACUCAGAACUUAAUU